AUGGCUUCGCCCCACCUUCCCAUGGCCCCGCCCCGCCAAGACUCCGCCCCCAGCGCCGCUCUUUCCCCUCAGCCGCGCUCCACUCCUAGCUCCCCGACUCCGCCCCCUUCCGACUCCGCCCCCAGCGGCGCUCUUUCCCUCAGCAGCGCUCCAUCCCCCAGCACCCCGACUCCGCCCCCAACACUCCGACUCCGCCCCCAGCGCCGAUCUUUCCCUCAGCAGCGCUCCCACCCCAACACCACGACUCCGCCCCCUCCCGACUCCGCCCCCAGCGCCGCUCUUUCCCUCAGCAGCGCUCCACUCCCAGCACCCCGACUCCGCCCCCAACACUCCGACUCCGCUCCCAGAGCCGCUCUUUCCCUCAGAAGCGCUCCGCCCCCAACACUCCGACUCCGCCCCCAGCGCCGCUCUUUCCCUCAGAAGCGCUCCACACCCAGCUCCCCGACUCCGCCCCCUUCCGACUCUAUCCCCAGCGCCGCUCUUUCGCUCAGCAGCGCUCCACCCCCCCAGCACCCGACUCCGCCCCCUUCCGACUCCGCUCCCAGCGCUGCUCUUUCCCUCAGCAGAACUCCGCCCCCAACACUCCGACUCCGCCCCCAGCGCCGCUCUUUCCCUCAGCAGCGCUCCAUCCCCCAGCACCACGACUCCGCCCCCUUCCGACUUCGUCCCCAGCGCCCGAGUUUCCCUCAGCAGCGCUCCGCCCCCAGCCCCCGACUCCGCCCCCUUCAGACUCCACCCCCAGCGCCCGCUCUUUCCCUCCGGCAGCGCUCAGCACCCCGACUCCGCCCCCUUCCGACUCCGCCCCCCAGCGCCUCUCUUUCCCUCAGCAGCGCUCCGCCCCCAGCACUCCGACUCCGCCCCCAGCGCCGCUCUUUCCCUCAGCAGCGCUUCUCCCCCAGCACCCGCAUGACUCCGCCCACAGCAUCCCGACUCCGCCUUCGGUACCCUCCUGACUCCGCCCACAGCAUCCCGACCCCGCCCUUGGAACGGCGUCCCGGAAGUCCGCCCGCUCCUCCCCGUAGCCACGAUGAGUCCCGCCCACCAGGCAGGCCCCGCCCACAUCCUGCUCGCGGCUUCGCCCCCAGCCCCAGGGGGAGCCCAGGGCCGCCCGGGGCCCUCCAUCCCCUGCACCCGCCACGCCCUGUCCGCCAGUCCCGACCCCAGGUCCUCCGCCCAGCCUCCCUCUCCCCCGGGCCUCCGCCAGCCUGCUCGGGCUCCCCUACCCACUGGCCUCCCAGCCCCGGGCAGGAGGGGGCCUGUCUGCCCAGUCCUGGAUCCCAAGGGCCUUCUGCACAGUGGGUCCCCGCGGAAGGGGACAGCCAGACCCGCUGUCCUAGUGACAGCGCAGAAAGGCAGGGCUGGCCUGGGGACCGGGGAUCCCAGAGAAAUGUGACCCAAGCAUCUGUAAGAAGACCCCUCAAGGGCUUCCCAGCUGCAAGGGACAGGGACCCAGUUCAAGGACACCGCCACCAGCCCAGGACCCCUGCCACCCUGCCCCCCGCAGCCUUCCUGGGGGGUGCAGAGCAGGCAAAGGCCAAGCCCAGGAAGGAGGCCGAGGGUUGUUUGUUCUGA